UGGCCCGAGGCAGCCGGGAUGCCAGCUCUCCCCAGGAACCCUGCUUCCUGCUGAGAAACAUGGUCAACAAGUCCUCUCCUCUGUGCGUGUGCCCUGCAGGCUGGAAGCUGCUGGCCAUGUUGGCGCUGGCCCUGGUCAUCACGGUGUGGUACUCCAUCUCCCGAGAGGACAGUUUCUAUUUUCCCAUCCCAGACCAGGAGGAGCCCUGCCUGCAGGGGGAGGCAGAGAGGAAGGCCGCUCAGCUCUUUGGCAACUACUCUCGUGAUCAGCCCGUCUUCCUGCGGCUUAAGGAUUAUUUCUGGGUCAAGACACCCUCUGCCUACGAGCUGCCCUACGGGACCAAGGGGAGUGAGGACGUGCUCCUUCGGGUUCUGGCCAUCACCAGCUCCUCCAUUCCGGGGAGCAUCCUGCGCCUCCAGUGCCGCCGCUGCGUGGUGGUGGGCAACGGGCACCGGCUUCGCAACAGCUCGUUGGGUGAGGCCAUCGACAAGCACGACAUGGUCAUCAGGCUGAACAACGCCCCCGUGUCCGGCUACGAGGGCGAUGUAGGCUCCAAGACCACCUUGCGUCUCUUCUACCCCGAGUCUGCACACUUCAACCCCAAGGUGGAGAACAACCCUGACACACUGCUCGUCCUGGUGGCUUUCAAGGCCAUGGACUUCCACUGGAUUGAGAGCAUCCUGAGUGAUAAGAGGCGGGUGCGAAAGGGCUUCUGGAAACAGCCUCCCCUCAUCUGGGACGUCAACCCCAAGCAGAUCCGGAUUCUGAACCCCUUUUUCAUGGAGAUGGCAGCGGACAAACUGCUGAGCCUGCCCAUGCCGCAGCCACGCAAGGUUAAGCAGAAGCCCACCACAGGCCUGCUGGCCAUCACCCUGGCCCUCCACCUCUGCGAUGUGGUGCACAUCGCUGGUUUCGGGUACCCAGAUCCUUACAACAAGAAGCAGACCAUUCACUACUACGAACAGAUCACGCUCAAAUCUAUGGCGGGGUCGGGCCACAACGUCUCCCAGGAGGCCCUGGCCAUCAAACGGAUGCUGGAAAUCGGAGCAGUCAAGAACCUCACUUACUUCUGACUUGGGCGGGAGCUGUGCCCAUCUGUCUGCCCACUCUGCUGCCUGAGCAACCCGCAGCCACGGUGUUGUGGGUGCCUGGUACCCGCGGGACCAGCCCGAUCUCCCCCUCGCCUGUGUGGGGAGGGGUCCCAGGACUGGCCAGGUGUGAGGAGAGCCCCUGCCCCCGGCUGCUCUCCUGGAAGCCAGGUCUUGUCCAGGUGGAGGCCCUGGGGCGGUGGGAACCUGGCGGAGAAACGAGGGCUGUCUCCUGUCCGUCAGUUCUGGGAGAUUAUUUAACGGGCUAUUUAAUUUAGGGGAAGAAAGUGUCAUGGGCUGGUCCCAUGGCAUUUACAGUGUUUGGACCACUUUUUAUAAAAUCACAAAAGUGAAGGGCCCACUAAGGCCUAGAUCCCGAGCCGGCCUCCCAGGAGGGGGGUCGCCUGGAGCGUGUGGGUGUCCGUCGUCCAGAGAGUGGCUGCCCCUCCCAGCAGGCAUGGGAAGAGCAGUGGUAGGUGUGUCCCAUGAGGAAGGGAACCUCACCUAGAAAGAGGUACCAAACAAAUUAAACUAUUUUUCCUAAAACAGAA